UUCCCCGAUAAUGCAACUGAAAGUGCACAUCUGUGGGCAGUAGCCGGGAAGACCAGAGAGACAAGACAAAGGCUGGAAAGAGAGCCAAGAAGCAGAGGACAAGUCAGCAGGGAGCAAGGACUGAGAGAUCUGGUUCCUCUGGUAGCAUUGCCCUCAUCGUCUUAUGGAGCCCCAUUUCCAGUCUCCUUUGUGAUUAGGCAUUACUUCCCACGAAGCCUCCUAGUGUCCUUGGUGGCUGGCUGACUUCCCAGUUGUCACUAACGGACUUUACACACUCUCAGUGUCUUCCUUCCAAAUGACCUCGGCACCCUACAGCGGGACCACUGCACCGAGGCACAGUGUCCUCACCCCACCCUGGCAAUCUGCUUUCAGACUGACAGGUGUCUGGGUUCCCAACAACCUUUCUUUCCAUGAGUAAACAAAUUCACCUAAGUUUUCCCCAACUGCAGCCUAUAGUGCUUGCGAAAUAAUCUCCACACCUAUCUCUUUCCCCGGACCUCUUGAUGGCAAAUAACCAACUCCUAAUAUUUAGCUUUGGUAAAUAAGCCUUUUGGUACCUUGUUCUUUCUUUUCAUAUUGUCCCCCACCACAGAUCAUGCCUGUAGACUUCCAUAUUUCAUUCCUCUAAGCACACAGAACAGUUGGCUUUUUCUCUUGUUCUAAGAAAUACGGUCCUAUCAGUGCACCGAGACUAAUACUGUUACAAUUGUUUCUGCAAGCCUCCCCUCUGCCCCACCAAACUUGGGUGGCGCUCUGCCUUGGGAUUCUUCAGUUCUCUCAAGGACAUGAUAGGGGAAGUUAAGAGGAUCUCAACCCAUCAAAUCUGCUCCCAUUGACUCCACUUGCCCCAGAAUUUCUGAUAUCUCAAGCACAAUCUAUCUCUACGAAGUAUCCCCCUGCUCUUUAAGGUCAGACUUGUCCCAUAAUUGGAAUCAGAGAUGUUAGGAGGAAUACACAAAGCCCAAAUAUAUUGGGGGCCAGAAGACAUUAGGAUCCAUAUUUCCUAACUGCCCUAAUCAAGGGAAGACAUAUCCCUCUGUAGCCUGGAGGACCCUGUACCCUAUUUUUUUGUGUUCCAAUUUUCAGAAAAAUAUAUAAUACCUUAAAUCACCAAAUCAUAUCACUUUCUCCAUUCUUCUUCAGCCUGACCUGUUGUCAUCCCAGAUGUUUGUCUCCUUCUGAGCAGCUCUGGGAAUGUCGGGUGCCCCUCUUCACUUGCCUCUGAGUUCCCUUUGCAGUUCCUCAUGCCCAAAAAUAACUCAUGAUUUCUUCCCUCCUUGUCUAUUCCAUGCCUCAUUAACUGGGUCUCUCAUGAAUCCCAAGCUUUGAUGAUUCUGAUCCUGAGAAAAAAUGUCUCUACCCAUUACCUUGGAGCAGAGAAAGAUGACUUCUUUGUGCAGGUUUGGGCCCCUGGUGUAGAGAAGGAGUUUAGAGGAGAUUUGGCUGGGGGCAUGGGAUUCAAAUUUGACAUGUAAGGGGAAGUGAAGUCAGUGUAAUUCCAAGGAUCCAAGUGGCACUUGGAAAACUGCCAGGGAAAUCUGAGCAUGCCCCAUGGAAUCCUGGGAAAGACAGUACAUUGGAGAAGGGGAGAAGGAGAGGACUCUGAGGAGUCAGUCUCCUCAAGCACCCAAAUAGCCUCCCAGAGAGCAGUUCUAGACACUGCUUAUCAAACACCAGCCAAUUCCUGGGCUCAGGUCUUCUCAAGGCGCAACAUCACCUCCUGCAGGAAGGAAGCUAGUCUCAGCCUUGGUUCUUUCUUUCAUCAAGGUCCAGGUGGGCAUGAGAUGGGCAGUAUGGUUGCCUCCUCCAGGUUCCAGUUUGUCCUUAUCCUAUCUCCUCUCCUCAUACUGAGCUCUGUCCCAGUUUGGGCAGCCUUCCUUUCUCAUCUACAGCCCAGCCUCUGGGAUGUGGCAUUGGUAAUGGUGAUUCAACUGCAAGCUACAGCCUUAUCAGCUCAUAAGAGCAUCCUAAGUCAGCAUGUGCCUGUCUCAACUUUGAAAUGUAAAAGGCAAGCCCAUUUUCUUAUAGGUUUUCUCUAAGCCUUUCCUUGAGGGAAGGAAAGAUGUAGUGACAAAGUUUUCCUUACCCUCCCCAUCUCUGGCUGGUCUAAAGUUUCCUGUCUCUCUCACCAUCUGUUGCUAUUGGCUGAAUAUCAGAAGAUAUUGACUUGACCUAGUCCCAGCUUUCUCCUCUGACCAACUGGCUCUUUCUGCCUUACUCAGCUCCCAGGCAUCAUCUUGUUCCUCUCUGUAUCUUUCUUCACAGUGACUGUCAGGGCACAGCAGGAGUGUUCUGGAGCCAAAGGUCAUGAGUGCUAUUAAUGAUGGCUCCAUAGCAGCAGACAGACUGCCUCUGCAGGCGAUCCUCCUUCUCCAGGCCAACACCUGUGUCAAGGGCUAAGAAUAGACCACAGGAACAGGAGUAGGCAGGACCUAGGGACAGCUGCCCUGGGAUGCCCAUUGCAUGAAGAAAAAUGUGAAUGUCCAAGUAGGAGAUGCUGUCCUGGCAGGUCCCCAGCAGGAGUCCCUGCUCCCCUCCUCAAACUGAAGUCAGUCAGAAGUCAAAGUUCCAGCCUUCAGGGAGGAUAGCUUCUAGAUCAUCACCCUCAAUCCAAGGGAGAAAAUAUAUUUAUGACUUUGCUCUUGGUAGAGUGCUGGCUGAUAACUGGGAGAGCACCUGUCUCUAAGUAACCUUUGGCCAUCUGUCACUGUGGAUAGCAACCAGCAGUCAGCCGUUUGACUCUGGUCCAUCCUCAAUGUAGCCCUGGGGCCCUCAGGCUUGGAGUCUCAUUUUAGCUUCAUACUUCCUAGGUGCUUUGCCUAAAGCUAGAAAGACCAAGAAUGGCUACAGGAUGAUUCAAGGCUCCACUGUGACCAUGGGUAGCUCACUUCACCUCUUGGUGCCUUGUUUUCUCCAUCGGUAAAGUGGAUGAAAAACAGGACACUCUGCCUUCCCUCCUGCUCAGGGAUGCUCUGAUGAUUCAGUCAAUGCUGCUGGUCAUGAAGGCAUCUCAUGGGAAGAAGGGUGACCCCAUUCUUUGGGAAAUAGAGGUAUGGAGAAAGAGGGGGUUUCAGAUACACUUGGCACCCAGAAGCCCAGGCGGUGAGCAAGAAAGACAUGUGGACAGCGAGAGAGAGCCCUGGAGUAGGCAGACAUAUCACAGCACUAUUAACUCUGUACAGUAGCAUCUGGUGGGGGACAUCUGGUCACCUGACUCCUGCUGGGCAUUUGUCAGUUCUUAAGUACCAUGAUGUUUGUUUUUCCUGAAAGAACAAGGAAAAUACAAGGGAGUCUGCUUCUGGAAAUUGAUACUUACUGAAUAUCUGACAGAUAGGCAGUGGAAUGAGCAGAGAGGGUCUGGAGAUGGUGUGGAGGUGGCCAAAAGCUCUUUGGGAAGUAUCUCUUGCCUUUGUUCAAAGCCUUGAGGUUUCCCUUCUUAAAUGGACUCAUCCCCCUGGUCCCCUGCAGAGGAUGGAAAGCCCAACUGUUUUUUCCAACACUUAUCGCAUCAGCUACAAAUGCUUGUGCACAUGGUAGGUCUUCAUCACUCCCUGGUGUGCUUUUCUUGGAGCCUGCAGGCAGAACUUCAGAGAUACCUGGGGCUGGAGAGCAGCAUGCAGUUGCAGUUGUUAUUGGUUUUUCUUAUCUUUUUCUAAAUUGGGAUAUUCCCCCCCUCACAAUUUGAAUUGGAAAAUUUAAGUUCAAUUUCUUUUUCUGCCCCCCCCCAUGGUUUUGGUUUUUUCCUAUGGUUUGACUGUUAAUGUUUCAAAUACCAAGAUACACUUGGAACAAGAAAACAGAGGCAUCCUAAGAACCUCACUGUUCUUAGGACCUAACCCAGAGUGAGAGCAGGUGGGAGCCAUGGAAGACAUUAGCACUCAGGGGUGCUGCCAUGAAAGCAAUUCUAAACUUGUUCCAAGAACAGUCUUGCAAAAGAAAACUAUACAAGUUCCAGUUCCCAUGGAUCAGUCCACUUGGUCCUCACCAGGUCUACUCUGGUAUAGAAAUUCUCACACAAAUAUAUAUAUAUAUAUAUAUACAUAUAUAUAUAUAUAUAUAUAUAUAUAUAUAUAUAUAAAGAAAGAAAGGUCACUUUCUGAGACUUUGCCAGAGGAACAGAGUGCUCUCAAGGGCAGGUCUUGGGUACUGCUGCCAAAUUCUUCUGCCCUUGACCAUGGAGCCCUGGUUUGACUCCAUUCCCACCUGUUCUUAGUCUGAUCUGCAAGGUUAAUGCUAUUUGGUGCAAAGGAUCAACAGGCCACACUCUGAAAGUCAGGAAUAGCUCCUUUGAGUUUGUCUGAUUAUGUGUAGCAAGGCCAACCCCACUGGCCUAUUUGUUCCCACAAGGUAUUUCAGAUGGUGACCAAAAGGAAGGAUUACAGAGACCCCCUGCUGCGUCCAUGUGCUCAUCCAUACUCCUACCUACUCAUGAAAGGAUCCUGCAGCAUUUAUGAACAGGAGCUCGAAGAUGAACACUUGGAGCCCCAGAGAACCUCAGUGGAUGGGAGGCAGGAGAUAAGGAAGAGGCAGGACUCUGGGAGUAUACUGAAGGAAAUGGUAUCCAGCUGGUCAGUGCUUCCAAUUCCCUGGGGCAGAAACAGCAAAGUGUAUUUUUUGUCAAACACAGGAAAUUGAUUUUAUAGAGUGAUGUUUUUAAGCAUUUUCCUUGUUUUAACAAAAGGGUCAGAGAAAGCAUUUAAAUAAAAGCAUGGUGCUUUCUCAUGUGCAGAUUGUGUUAUUGGUGAUGAAAAUUGCAAGACUCUGCCCUUUUGCAAAUGUACCCAAGUCAAGUCACUCUGGGGCCAAUUUCUCUUUCUGUGCCACGAGAAUAUUGCUUACCUACCUCACAGGGGUGUUGUGAGGAUAAAGCAGUUUAAGAUUUGGCAAAGCACUUUGAGGAUAACAGUGUUAUGGGUACCAAAUUUGCUUUCUAUGUAAUGCCAUUUUCAGCGUGAAUGGAACACUGACUGGGCACAAGGUGCCCUGCUAUCUGCAGGAAAAAAAGGUCACAGGCUAAUUCUUAUCCACUUUCAUUUACGUGUAUUCUAAAUCAGUAACAGAGGAUGGAAUUAUGGAGUUGUCUCAAUGUGGGGCUAUAUAUUAUCAUUCUGCUCCCAGAAAGGCCACUCUCCUUUCAGAGGAUUUGAAAAGUGGGGCUUUCUGUCCUCCGGCUUCUGUCAGAGAAUUGUGUCCCUUGAGAUGCCUCCUCCCUUUGUGGGAAAAGGUAUGAUCUUGCACACCCAGGGACCAGCACUUAUGCUUUGGUUCUGUUACUUCAAUUAUUCCCUCUGGACUCAGUGUGGCAGCAACCCUCCUCUCUCUUUAGAUACAGAGGGUGAGUCCCCAUGGCUGUCCUGGAAUAGCUUGGUUCUUUUUUGUUUGUUUGUUUCCUUGGAAAGUCUGGUACUCUGUUUGCUGGAAAGUCUUGGCUUCCAAAGACGAGGAUCUUUGCCAGAAAACAAAGUGUGCAACUGUCUUGUUUGCUUUUGUAUUUUGGUGGUGGUGGGGAAGGAGAUUUUCAAAUCUCACAUAAAAGGCCUCCCAUAAAACAAAGCCUAUUUAAAUUUCUCAUUUGCUUUUCCAUGUGCAUCAAGCUCUUCCCUUCCCAACACACACUAAGGGCCAAAUGUGUCUUCUAACAAAUAGCACAUCUCAAAUUGUUCAGGGAGUACCGUGUCACAGGUUCACUCAUUUCUGCAGAGAACCAGCUUCUUCCUGAGCUGAGCAAGUAAAUAUUCGAUCCCCAAAUCCAGGAUUCCUGGAAACACUCCCUGGCUUAUUAGCUUUGGGACUCCCAGUGUCUGCAGGGCUAUGAGCCCGAGUCCCCAGAAACUCUCCUGCCACCAGAGAGCCUCCUUAGAACAUGGUGGGAACAUCAUCUUUGUCUUAGAACAAGAAUGAAACCAUCCAUUGUUUUUGAAACUGUCCUAUGAUGUCAGUCUUUGAAGAAUUAGUUUUUCUUAGAGAAGGGAGAAGUGACAAAGACAAGGGGAAGGCGUUUAGUCUUGGAUGUGGACUGGAGAGGUCUGGAGUGAGUUUCCCUAGGCACCUGAGGGUCCUAGAUGACAUGUCUUUUUUUUUUUAACAAUCCAGAGCCCUUGGCAGAACUGGCUUCAGUUUGAGCCUUCUGAACUUCCAGCGGCUUCAAUGUCCUUUCUCAGUGUGGACAAGCACUUUCUUACCCUAUGCUGUUGACUCCAAAGACCUUCCCUUGUGCUGCCAGUCCUUAUGGAUACCUUAUUCUAGCCAUCUCUACUCCUUCCCCUCACCCCUGUUGUCUUUCGUAACCCCAGAAUCACAUGGGACUUAUUACAUCCAAGUGUCGUCUAUUGGAAAAAUUGGUAGCACACUGUUGCCAACCCCAACUGUGAGUGAUGUUUCCAUUAUCUUUCCUCAUCCACAGAGUGUUUCAAGAAAAGCAAACUUCUAAGAAAACCACUUUCCUAUUAGUAUUAUAAAAAAGCUGUUCCUCGGGAUGUGAGGAAAGGUUUGGAGGUGGGUCAUGGCAGAUGAGAGUUCAGCCCUGGAGAGGCCGCCAGAACUGCUCUUCCACUUGGCCUGUGCUUCUGCUAAGGAAAAUGAUAACCUUGUUACAAAACAUAAUAUAUUAAGAAAAAGAAGGAACGAAGGGAGGGAGGGAAAGAGGGAGAGAGAAACAGGAAAUGGCCCCGCUGACAUCUUCCUAUCAUCUUUUGGUGUCAUCAGUGUUGUUGUUGUUUUGUUUUUAUUGUUGUUGUUCAAAGCAAAUACGUAUCCCACCCCUACCCCCAGGUUACAGGAUUUUCUGGCUCGGUGUCUUCCUGGUAGCAAGCUCUGGCACAGGCUUCCUGCCUCACUAAUCCACUCCAUUAUGCUCUGGCUUUUCUUGAACCUUCUGAACUCAACCCCUCCAUCAGAAGACUAGGAUCUAGUUUCCUUAGAAUGGUGGCAAACCCAAUAAUGUUCCAGGUGCUGCUGGCUGGCUCUUUAUGGAGCAAAAGAAGUUGAACUUUCCAGGUAGUUUGGAGCCUUGAGUAUAUACAGCAUUUUGUAAUUUCCAUGAAGGACUAACCUCACUGUGUCCUGCCCCUCUGACCUCAUGUCCACUUUGGGCACUGGUGGUUUGAGAAAUAGGUUGUAGUCAUGGCCUUGAGUUUCAAUGAAGAAAAGUUAUAAUUAGUCUUGAGAUUCCAGGAAGCUAUUGGAGGUUUCCCUUGCAAAUGGAGGACCUUUCUACAGGAGCCUGUUGUUUGUUCCUUGCUGCUUAUGCCCAAGCUAGAUGUGGAUACAUAACUGCUAAUACAGAGAGUGGUAGCAACCAUUUACUUACCACCUACAAAAAUGGAAGUGCCACUUGAGGUACAGAUACGCAUUGCGAUUUGGAAACCGUGAAGGCUAACCCUGCAGCUUGAGGAAAAUCAAGAACCCCAUUUAUAUCAGUAAACUACAGAUAUGGGUCACCAUGCCACCAGCCAGAUGAGAGGUCCCUGUGCAGUCAGCCAUUGUAGUUUUGGUCCCCGGCCUCUCUUGUUUAUCACCUUGGGCUUAGGCAGUGGAGGAAAAGACCUGGAGCCUACAGGACCCACCCGCAUGGCCAGUGGACUCUUCUGUUCCAGCCUAGCCUUAGAGCCAGGCAAAGACAGUCAUUAGUGAGGGCUCUGCACCCUGUCCCCACUUCCACUUUCCUGACACAAUCUAAGUACCCAUGCCAACCAGGAGUGUGGCUUCCAGCUGGAGUCAGAAACAGAAAAGAUUUUAAGGGCUAGUAAGUAUGUUGCGGUAAAUUAAAAGGCUGCUGUGUCUGGUCAGCGACACCUUCCUAGUUUUCCAGUGGCCUAUGGAAUUCUUAAGAGUUUCAGUAACUUCCAUUUUCUAAACCAGACACUCAGUAUGGAGUAAUGUGAAUUCUAAGUCACUAUGCAUGGUCCUUAGUUGUGUGGACACAUGUGGACAUCUAUCUAUCUUCAAUAAUCUCCAUUUGGUGCUAUUUAUGGUUUACUGGAUGUGGAUGUAAUAGGUCCCUCCUCCUUCCCUACUCCUCCCUUCCUUCCCUUUUCUUACCUUCCUUCCUUUCUUUUUCUUUCUUAAUUCGCCAAAACCAAGUGAUCAUAACACAAAGAUUUCCAUGCCCCGUUUUAAGUAGGGCUUGUCUUCCAGUGGUCAACACCCUCCCAUUUUUAUUUCAGAAUCAGAAAUGUUUUUCCUUUUCUAUUAGUCAUUGAAAAGGGCAAGCUCUUAGCUCCUCUGUCCCAUUGACCUGGGAUUGACAGAUGUACAUGGGAUGAGAUCUUUUGACUCAAAGGCUUUGAGGUCCUUGCUAAAAGUGAACAACCUGUCUGUGCCCCCACCAUGGCGAGGUCAGGGUCGUAACAACACACGAUUUAACUUCUUGAAACCCGUGGUGCCUUUUCUUGUGGUGCUUUUCAGUCGUGUAACUCCACUCAAGGUGGCCACUUGCAGCAAACAGCAGUGCCAGGUCUUCCCCCUGGUCUUCUGUUCCAGUGCAGUCAGAGACAUGAGCAUAUGCAUGUGUCAAUCAACAUGGAUGUAGAUUUACCACUGUGGUUCUGUAAUUAUGUAACUGAGAUUCUGAUGCAGCUUUGGUGGAAACUGAUCAUUCCUCGAUAAGAGUAUAAUGCUCCACUAGACCUACUGGCUCUCUGGAGAGUUGUGACCUUGGGGAAGGACACUUUGCUAAGAUGGGCUAAGUUGUCCUCCUAUCCCUGGGACAAGCUUUCUUCUUUUUUUGUGAAAGUUGCUGUCUCCAUAACACAGAAUGUUUGAUAAGGGAGCACAAGGCAGCUUCUUUUAAACUUCCUUUGGUGCUGAUAUUAAAAAAAUUCUUUGUUCAGUUUGCUUCCUUGUUCAUGGCCAGAAGCUGCUUUUCCAAAAAAGAAUAGAAAAAGAAAAAUGUGGAUUUACCAAUCUCAGUUGACAAAGAUAGUUUGGGAGUGAGAGGUCAGACAUGAUUGAUUUGUGUCCAAACGCAAGAUGGUUUCGUCUGCAACCUGAUUGGGUCUCUCAGAUGCAGUUUCCCUGUCUAAAAUGGUUCCCACACUAUUUCCAUACCUCAUGGGGAAGGGUCACUCUUAGGACCGGCUGUUGGGGCACAGUCAAUAAAUGAAUAAUUUGGAGACAGCAGCUUGCCCUGAUUCUGAGAUUCUGUGUGUCUGUCACUGCGACUUGGCCCUGAGGUUUGCUUUGCUCCCUCUCUGCCUCCGCCAUCCCGGCUUCAUCUCCUUCAUCCAGGAACACCUUUGCAUGUUGUGUAACUGAUGGAGAUUCUCUAGGGCGUUAGGGAGUACUAAUUUCUCCCAAGGGAACAUCACCAAUGCUGUUUAAGGUGCUAGAAUCAAACCUCAUUUUAUACACUUUGGUUCUUAGAGAAAAGCGAAACAUUCAGAAUUCUUUCUGUGAGGCCUUAUAAUAGAUUGUUUUAGCUGGUUGUUUAUCCAAAAAGUGAGAGAGAACAGAAAACACAAAUAAGAUGCAGAGAGUCUGCAUAAACCAUAGCUAAAAGAACUUUUAUUUCCUAUAUUAAUGUAAACUACCGUAUAUGUAUACACACGUGUGUGCAUAUAUAUGUCUACAUAUGCUGAAGGCCUACAGCAAGAGUGGAAACAUGGACACUAUUCUAAGCUCUAUUUUCAGUUUUCCCUUGGUUUGUGACUUUUGGUACAUGUGUGUGCAAAAGAGUCCAGUGAGCUGGAUGAGAGGUGCUGAAUGUGAAACAGGAACUCCUUCAUCUUUCUUCUGUUCCAUACCUUAUAGAAGGCAGACUGGGUGAGAAGAGAGAUACAUAAAGCAAGCUGUACAUAUGCUUUCUCGUGUUCUACACAUGGAAAUUGCAUUUGAGUGUUGUUUCUUCCCUAUGUGAAGACUUACUGAUGGCUGCCUAAGGUGUUCACACAUAAGGUUUACCUCAAGAAAGCUUUUCAAAAGACAUUUUUCUCUCUCUCAUUUCUUAAAAAGUAGUGACUCUCCCCUAACCAAAAUGUGGGGCAUUGCCACAGAGAGAUCAAUAAGAGAAUCGAACCAUGUCUGGUGCUUUUUCUUCAUGCCUCAUCCCCCAUCUCCUCUUUUAACUGCUACUGUAAGCAAACAUCUGAGAUAUUACUCUGGACAGGAAGUGGUGUGGGGAUGCAGGCACAGUGUACUGGUGAAUCCAAACUUUGCUGGAACAGGCGGCAAGGGGUCUUUCAAAGGUUAGGGUUGGCUUGCAUGGUUUUGGUGUUAAUACUGGUGUGUGUGUGUGUGUGUGUGUGUGUGUGUGUGUGUGUGUAUGUGUGUAUGUGUGUAUGUGUACUGUAUAUAUGUUUCUGUGUAUGACGUGUCUGAUGGACAGAGAACAAAAUACUGCAAACAGAAAUGAACAGAAAAAAAAACCAAUCUAUCAGAUGCUGUUUCUCAGAUGAUGUACUUGUUCACCUUGGUGAGAAGCCGCUGUCUCACAGCUAUGCAAUCUUCCAGUUCCCCGCCCCCCUCACCUCAGACUCCAAGCUGUUAUCCAUAUCCCUCACAGAGAGUUUUUUUUCCUUUAUCCAAGAACCACAACAACCAAUCCCUGGUCAAGGUGAGCAUGCUACAGUGAUUCUUUGCCUAAAUUUAAGAGCUAACAACCACAACAAAAGUUUCCUUUGCUUUCAUUAGAAAUGAUUCAAUGAUGUACUAGUCCCAUUUGGUUCUGUAAAUGAUGUGGUGUGUAUUAUGUGUUUUUGUGUUUACAAUUUGUUUUCAUCCUCUUUUUGGUUCAAAAUAUUUCCUUUAGAGAUUCGACUUUUCAUGGUAUAUGUUUUGGGGAUGUGUUGACUUAAUGCAAGAAAAAAAUUUGGCUUAAGUGGAACAAUGAGCCUGUGAUCUCUGAGGUUGAGGGUAGGAUGGGGGAUAGCAUGCACCUGCUGCUACUAUUGUAGCUCUUCCAAUGUGAUCCCGAAUCAGACUGUAGCUGUGAGCUGGUGUGCUCUGGGGAGCAUGUUUCUUUCCUUAAAUGCGUGGUCAUCUAUAUGGAGUAACCUGUCCCCAGAGGGCCAAGUCAAACCCUCUACCUUAGCUUUUGGCCAGUUUCAUCUUUCCCAGAUAGUCUCCAGUCUAUUACCCAAUGACAAAACCUUUUUUUUCUAUCCUUUCUAGUACCCCUCCCUUGGCCAAUACGGAUAUCAACUUGCCUGAGAAUGGUCAAUGCCUCUGUUUUCUGUUUGAAGCUAGUGUAAGUACAAGAGGGGCUCUUCAAGAGACAGAAAGCAUAAUUGCUCAGGAAGCCAGCCCUUUAUCUGCACACCAUGUGCAGUGCGUGGUAGGGGGUAGAGUGACAUUAUGAGUAUGGCAGCUUCCUGCUCAUUGACAAUGUCCCACGAGGCUAAUUUAAGUGAACUGGCACGGCUUCACGAGGUCUUGAAAAGUAGUUAUGGGGAAGAAGAGAGGUCCUGGGGGUCUAUAAAGCACAACCUAGGCAGACAUAUCUCUGCGGGCAGAAGGCAGCUCCUCCCCCUGUAAGGCUGAGAAUGCACAAGUCUGAAUUUUGUUCAUGGUUUACAAAUCUAGCACAAGGUGGCUGAGCCACCCAAGACAGUUUUCAACAGACAAAUUCAGACACUGCCUAACUGCUCUAGCACAAGCUGCUCCUUCUCCCUGCUUGGUAGGAGCAUAGAUGGAGUUCCUUUGGGAUGAAUAAGGAGAUAAUUGCUUUCAUGAGAGCAGCAUAGUCUUUAGCAUCAAACCCCUCCCCAUCUCCUCGUUCUCUUAGAUAUCAGGGGAUGUUUGAGACCCAUCCUAGGAACUUCUUCCUCUUUUUUUCCUAAGAGGUCCCCCAUUGGAAGUUGUUUUCUGGAGACUUCGAGCCCCAUCUAUAUAAGAAACCCAUCCCAGAAAUCUUUCCCAGAAACUAAGCCAUCUAUGAGGUUCAGAAAAUCCCAGAAGCAUCAGUUCUAAGACACACAAAAUCCCCCAACACCUGGCUCUUGCCAAGAAGUGGUUAAGGAGCUGGGGCCCUGUCUGUGACCCCUUUCUCUCUGGAUGGAUGCUUUCCAUGUUAAGGCCUAGAGAUGGCCCCAGAUCCAAUGUUUCCAGGUCUUGCAACAGACACAGGUUGGGGCAAAUGAAGAAGAGCCAUGGGGUGAAGUAUGCUGACCCCUUGCUCUUUAUAGCAAGUCAGACUCCUCAGACUUCUUUGGGGCUGUGUCAACCUGUGACUCUGGGAAGGGACAUACAUUUCUGCCUCUGAUGUCUGUGAUUGUAGUGAUUCUCAGGGACUGUGCCUAUGGGUACCAACUGUUCAUGACUAGCCCUGUGCUGAGAGAAUGCCGGUCAGCAUGGGUAUGCCCUGCUGUAGCAUGUGGGCUGACCCUUGGUAGAAGUCCUUACGAGUAGUUGCCACUUGAGACAGUGAAGCACAUGUAUAUGCCAAGAAUGCCUAUGCUGGGGAAGCCUGUGAGGCUCAGGAUGUUUUCCCUGGAUGGCUACUCAGAGAAUAGAAGAUGAUCAAGGACAGCCAAGUUCUCAAGAUCUUUGUGGGCCCAGAAAUCCCAGUCAGAGUAGGUCCCACAAAGACCAUGUGAUGGUGUUCACCAAUUGUAGCAGGGCCGUUUUAGAAGGACAGGGAAUUCCUACCCAUGGGAUGUCGACUUGGCUAAUAGCAAGCGAAACAAGGAGACUCGUGCUGACCUCUCACCCAGCUUGCCCUACCAAAAUCUUGCAAGGCCAGAAACCUCAGUCCAUUUUAUAGGUCGAAAAACAAAGGCUCAUAAUGCCUUGUACAGGGUUCUGUAGUCAGUCAGGAGUACAGCUGAGGGCCUAGAUCCCUGGUUCUGGUCUGCCUCAGGGGUUUACUCCUUUCCAGGCUCUCUUUAUCUCAUUUCUUCUUCCCAAAGCUUACAAUGAUCAGGUGUCUCACAGUGCCUGGCAGAGACUGUUUGAGAUGCAUAGCAAGAAACCUGGCCUUUUGUUUCCAUCCAAUAAAUAUAGCAAGAGGGAGCCAGCCAAGUAUCGGUGGCAGCCAGAGGUAGGCAUGAGCAUAGGACUGUCUGUUCCUGUCCCUGCAUUCCUAGGCAGGUUGCUUGCCUCCCAUAUGAUUCUGUUUUCCCAUUUCUAAAAUGCUGAGGCGAGGCUGCAGCCUCUGAGCCACACCACCAGAAAACACUAGACAGCAAGAUGAGCAAGUGCCGUGGUGAGAGUCAAAUGAUGACCUGAUGUGCUCUGGCCUGGGAAAGCCAACCAUGCUCCAAACACAAACCCAACAACAGGGUGGGAAGCGUGAGCGAGAGUCACAGUCUCCGGCUCUGGAUGCUGGAGGAAGCAAUGAAGGAAAGCACAGGGAGCAGAGAGAGAUGGAGAGAAAUGGGCAUGUGGGUUAGAUGAGGGGCUUAGUGGGUGGGGAAGAGAAGGCUGAUGUACUCUGCUGACCCUAUCAGUCCCUUCCGUCAUGUGCUUGUAACAGCAGCUCUCCCAGCUUCUUACCUCCUAGCACUCUGACUCAGUGUACAUGCAUGAACACACAAUAAUAACUCUGCACUGAACACAGAAGUUGUCCAUCAUGAAAGCCCUUCCAUCCCAUGUGCAGAUUGGGGUAUCACUGGACAGGGCACAGUAAGAUCUCAGGGUGUGAAGAAGACAUCACCAUCUCAGUGUUGCUCAUGUCCUCUAUCACAGGUCUCCAAGGACAAGAGUCAUCCUCUCCUUUUUCCCACAGAGGGUACUAUGAAAUCAGAUGGCCCUCCUUCAGAAUUUUCCCAAUGCUGUCUACUAUAGUGCAUCUACUUUGAUUUGAGUUUCCCAGGGGACAGAGACCCAGUACUUGGGACUCUUUGAAGUGCCCUUGGUCUUGCCUGGUCUAGGAACUCCUGAAGACAAGAUUGGGCAUUCCAAACCCACCUGGCCAUAUUCUCUGGGAACCAAGUGCUCUGACAGACAGUCCCUAACCCCAGCCAGGCUGGAGAAAUUGUCUGGCUUUGCGGUGGCUUCUGUUCAGAUAUGAACUGAUUUCAGUUCCUCUCUUAUCUAUCCCAGUGUUUGAUGUUCAAAGCUCAACUGUGAGCCUUCCCUGGUAUGAGCCCAGAAGGGCAGGAAGAGGCCCUGGGUCCCACUUGGACAGAGAUAGAUAGCCAUACAUCUCCAAAGCUUUGGAAACCUUGAGAUUUUCCCUUCUUCCUCAAACCAGUCUUCUUGUUGCACUUUCUAAACACAUAGCUCAACCUGGUUUUUGUUGUCCAUGGACCAGGUGUUGUACUCAGGAGACCCACAGUCUCCUGGGGUGCUUAUAAUCCCCAGGGCAAUGAAGCACAAACACAAGAACCAACCCAGUCAAACUCUGGCCUGUCACCCUCACACUUCCCCAGGGUCCUCCCUGAACAUAUCAGGUGGCCUUCCAUCUCUCUUCCAUUGUCCCCCAAGUAACCAGACAUUCUACAAGGACCUCUCAGUCUUCCCUCAGGCCCAAGGCUCCCCAAGCCUGCAGCUUUCUCCAGUAUUUAUUAAUAGAGCAAAUUUCACCCAAAGCAGGAUCUAGUCACAAGUGGAAACAUGAAUUAAGCCAUCCACUUAAAUCUGACUCAACAGGAGCCCCAUAGAUAGAUUGGAACUCCACACCCUCUGCACCGUUUGAUCUUAGUCUGUAGAACUUUCUGGUCACAUGCACCAUGGUUAACAGUUUCUUUGCCAUCUGCAUAGGUCUGAGCUGACCUUCCCUAGUGAGCUGUUUUUAUGGUUCACCAAUCCUGGGGUUCUCUCCUGCUCCUUCCUUCUGUCCAUGUUCCUAUCAUUUAGGAAACAGACAUGAGGACAUAGAGGAACUGUUCUCUGUAGUAGUCACCACCACCACAGGCAGCGACAAAGCAAGCGGAAGAUGGCCUUGUGGGUAGCCCAUUAGCCUCCCCAUCAGAAGGACUGCUAAUUAAAAUAGUCAGGGGAAAGGGAUGCCUUGAAAUGCCAACUGGCAGGUACCUCUUGCUUCUUCUGGAAGCAGUAGAUCCCAGAACGAAGCUGGGUUUGUUACAGCUUGUGUACUAAGGGUAUCAAAGGCCGGCAUCCUCUUCUUAGGGGCUACCCCUGUGCGAAUGCUCCAGGGAAUUAAAGCCCCUUGACAUACUCACCACUGACUCCUAACUGGUGAGCUCCUGGGACCGUUAGGUCCCACCUGGCAAGACUACACAGAAUAACCCUACAGGACAGGUUACUCCUCAUUAGAUAAGUUAAAACUCCUUCCAGGGUGAGGGUAGAGAGAACAAAAGUAAAAAAACAAACAAACAAACAAAAAAACCACAUUUGUCUUCUUAAUUUUACUAGGAUUUGCAAUUGAACACAUCUGAUACCCUGGCUUAAAAAAAUUAUUUUUCAUUUUGAAGCAGGUGUUUUUAAUGGGACUUACUUUAGAGUCAGAGAUCACUGGGCUUCUGAUGGCCUGGUGAAAAGGCAGACAUUGGUGGCCACAGUAUUAAGCCAAAUUUAAAAUCCUUAGUCGCCUCCAUCUGUAAGUGUUCUGUAUCUACCUCAUUAUGAUUCUUUUGGUUUUCCGUGCUUUCGUGUUGUGUACAAUGUCAGAGGUGAAAUGUAGAUAAAAUAUAUAUAUAUAUAAAAUAUAUAUUUUUUGCUUUGCAAUAAAGUUCAAAGCUAUAACAGAAUAUUCAUGAAAUGUCAUAGCCUUUCUUGUACUCUAUGCUCUUAGUUGUGAACUGUCCUUGGGAGCCCUUUUGCCUAUUCACUAGAGUCAAUAUUGUUAUGUUGGCCAUUUGAUAAGUUAUUCCACUUAUUUUCACUGUACUUUUUUUGAGACAUUGAAUAAGACACUAGGAUUCUUGAACAAUUCUUGGUUUCAAAGGUGCUUUAUUUCUGUGGAUGCAAGUGACCAAAUGGAAAUAUCUCUACAGACUGAAUCUUAUAAAUAAUAGGAUUGAUCUUGAUGCCAUUGUUCUUUGGGUUUAGAACUAAAGGUUUGUGCAUAGGGGGGAAAGGAAACAUUGAUUUGGCUUUUUUCUGGUUUUUUGUUUUGAAACCUUUUCUGCUUAUUUUAUGUCCAGCAUAGUUUUGUAGUCUCCACUUUGUGGCAUGGAGCACAGUACGCACUGACUCCCUGGCUUUGCUGUCCGACUGGACUGCUUUCUUUAUUGACGCUGCUGCUUUCUCUAGGCUGAUGUCACAUUGUACUAUCUGGAGGUGAACUACUGUACCUAGCAUCCACCUCUCCUCUAAAUCUUCUGGAACUCUCUUCCAUACCAAUGUGUUAUGAAGAAUGGUGCUUUGGAACCGUUCACAGUGUACAAGCCAGCGGUACCUAAAAACUCACGUUUCCCAAGAGAGUACAUAUGGAUAACAGGACAGGUUCAUGGGAUCCUGAAUAGAAGGUGGACUGUCUUCAAUUUAUCCUGUUUAUCUGUGUGUUUGGACAAAAUUACCUUCAUUUCACUAGGCAUGUCUAUGUUGCAAGCCCUGUAUAAUUUGUAUACUUCAAUGAUCCUUGUUUUUCCUGUGUCUUGGGCCAAAAUAUGUACUUUUUUCUCAAAGUAAUUCAAUGUACUUGAAAUGGGAUGAACAAAGGUUUCAAAAUUAAGGUAAAAUAUCCUUAUAAUAAUACUUCUGCAAAACUCUAGACUUGCUAUCCUCCAGCUCUGGGGAGUUAGGAGAAAAAGGUAGUUGGAUGGGGUAAAUGGUGAUUUCCCUAUAAAUAUAUACAAUGCUACAAGGAAAUGAAAACACCAAUGAGUCAAUUUUAUAAGAGGUUGGGUUUCUUUCUCUUUUUCCUUCUAAUGAUCAUAAAGAACUGCUUGAUGUGUUUCAAUGGUUGACAUUUUAACUUGUAUUUGAGGGAGGUUUGAUUUGCUCUUUAACAAAUGCUGGGCUGACACUGAAAACAACCAUGGCUAGGUUACACCCUGAUAGUUCCUAGCUGUUUCUCUUUUUAUGGUAUAAUGGUCUGCCAUGAGUUGAAAUGCAGAUAAAGUGUAUAGUGAAGGUGGAACACACUGGUGUUUAUUUGGAUGGAAAACAUAAUGAUAAAUAUAUAUAUGUGUGUGUAUGUGUGGGAAUAUCUCUCUCUCUCUCACUCACACACACACACACACACACACACACACACACACCACAAGUAAAAUAGCCAUGCACUUCUAAAAUUGGCUUUCGAUUCUGAGGAAUUUGCCAUCUCACUGAGCUUUCUAAGAGUCUAAGAUAUCAUUGGAAAUAAUUAAAUGAUUGAGAAGUAUUUGCUAGAAAAAUUCUCUCCUUCCUUCCUUCCUUCCUUCCUUCCUUCCUUCCUUCCUUCCUUCCUUCCUUCUUCUCUUUCCUCCCUUCCACCCUCCCUCCCUGCUUCCUUCCUUCUUCCCUUCCUUCAGCAAUAGAAAGCACAAUUCCUAUUAUCACGUAUUCUUUUGGUUCUAUAGCUAUGGUAUAGUCCAUGGAGAAAAAUGGAAUCCACUCCUUGCCUCUGCCUUCUACCCCUCAUUUCACCCAGCACCAAGAAAAAACAGAGAUACCUACCCAUAUCUCAUCUUUCCAUGUGCCUCUGUUUCUCAAGUUUUUCCAUGGGUAGGUAUUCAUUCCUGGAGAACCUUCCAGAGUUUAAAUACCAGGCUCCCUUUUCUUUCCAAGCAGGUUCUGGGCCACUUCCCUGCCCUUGGAGCUGUCCUACCUGAUGCCUACACACAUUGCACCAGAGCACAGACAGCAGGAUGUCAGGGCCAGUAGAAGGGCUCUCCAGCAUCUUUCAGAGAGAGCUCAAGGUUCAGAAUGUCUUUCUUUAGAGGCAUGUCCAAUGGUCUUGAGUGACUCUAGUGGUCAACCAAGGAGAGGAUGUGAACAGGACUUCUGAAAAGGUCAACCAGCUUUGCCUGUGCAGUGAUCUCUCUGCUUCCUCAUGGGCAUGCUUUUUGGUGAGAGAAAUUCCAGGCAAGUCGGAGAUGCUUGGGAGUGAGGAAAAAUGAUCACUUUGAAUGGCCUCUUUUACCAGACAGCUCAUUUCUGCCACCUGAGUUGGUCCUCCUCUGGUUUGUCUACUGUUAGUUUUGUUUUUGGGUGAAUUUCAGGUGAUGUUUUCUUAUUAUUUCUAAUUUGGAUGAUCACUGCUCCCCGGAAAGGGAGAAGACACUAUCCCAAGAAGAAACCCUUCCAGAAAGAGAUGCUCUCCUUCCUAGUUUCCUAGUUGCUCUUGAUAGCUCACUCUAUGAUUCACCCCUGACUCCCUCAUCCAUUGCUGAUUUCUAUGUGCUCCACUUUUGGAGAAGAAUAAUGUUUAGGUCUGAGGGAGUUGUAGACCACUGAACCAUGUGCAGCAGGAACAUUUCAAUGCCAUUGACAAAUAAUGCCAGUAUUUCUUUACCCCAAAUUCAAGGUGCUGUAUAGCCACAGUAGAAACUCUAGACUUAGUGCUACUCAGACCAUUUUGUCAGCCAUGCUAUGACCUUCCUUGAAACGGCAGGUUGUCGGAUAAUGAAUCUAUUUUACCUCAUAGGAAUUUCCUGCCAAAAAAACCAUUCCCAUUGAAAAUGCAUCUAACAAUCAAGAAUAUUUUCUAUAUCAAGCACAGAGCUAGAACUAUAGGAGAUCUAAAUGUGAAAUGCAUUUCAAGGCAAUUAAUAUAAGGGUGAUAAUUACACACAAAAAACUAUCACACCAUAUGAAACAGAACACAAGACACGUGUACAGUGUCGUGGGCUCCUGCAGAAAGACACAGUGUUUCUAAGCAGAAGUGCAAGCAAAGGCUUUGGAAAGGCUAGCAUGUGGAUCAAAUUUUGAAGUAUUUAUGGGCUGCAUAGAGAUGAGCCACUAGGGUUAUCUGUGACAUCAGUCAUGUUAUCACUUGCUUACUUAAGAUAAUAUUGUUUCCUCUCUGAUGUGAAAGCAAGACGUCUCCAGCAUGCACAAGGCUUCAUUCUCCAAUUCCAAGUGUAGCCUAGCCUUGAGGAUAGACUUUGGGCCUGAACAUAGCUAGUGAGAUGCAGAGGAUGGCACUCAUAGCACUUGAACAGUAGUCACUAAAUUGCCUCAGUUUCUCUCAGUCUUGUUUCUUAUGGUCAUUCCCUCUUUAAUCUUCCUAAAAACAACAAUUGUCACCAACCCACAAUCCAAGGUUUUUUCAGCAGAUAAGAACCCAGCCCUUUCAGCCUAGCAUCCAUCCAGAAUAGGUGGACUUCAACUUCUUACAAUGUCUUUUCCUUCAGAUUAACCUUAGUAUAUAACAGUACAGGUUACAGCUUCAUUUAACAGAGGAAAAUGAAACUUGGGAGGUUAAAUAACCUUCCCUGCUUCCCUCAAUUAAUAACAGAAAAUCUUGACACAGGGUUAGGUGUCUUGGGCAAAGCACCCUCGCCUUUCCCACCUCAUCUCUGAUCACAACUCCUUUCUUGAUUGAUGGAGCCUUUCACCUUCUGUUUCCCAAGUGAACUGUGAAGGUUCACCCCUACAGUGAUAUCUGGAUCUUCAGAUAAAUAUGCCUGCAACAGCUGCAAUGGCUGACUAAUAAAAUGUUGGAGUGGUCAAGAGAAGAGAUCACAAAACAUUCUUUUGGGCCUGACAGACGACAACAAAAUUAUUUCCCUCACUUCCAAAGAUAGUGAUAGACUGCCUGAAACAGAUUCUAUGAGAACCUGCUUCAUCGAUCAGUUCUUUUUAGACCUCUCCCAGGAGGCCAUUUUGGAAGGAUCAUUCCACACAGCCAAGAAGGGAUCAGAGCAUGAAUGUAACCAUUGUUUUGGGAACCUAAAUUCCUGAACAGAAACUGAACAGCAUCUGCUGGUGUAAAGGGCUGGGGCCUUACUUUGCCUCACGAACAGCUGGAUUUGUCUCAUGCUUCCUAUCAGAACCAACAGCUACUCUUUUGAGGCUAAAGGAAGAGAUUUCUUGUUCUGAGGAUAAGGGCUCCACCAGAUCCCUAAGUCCUGAAACAGUUCAUUCUGCCUCCAACUCAGUCUCACCACUCACUCACUAGCACCAGACAGACAUCCCAAGCGCUUGACUAGACCCAUCCCCAAGACAUUCACAGUCCAUUGGGAGAAAUCUAGUUCAAAGUGACUAAGUACAGUGGUGCUCUCUGGGGUUCAAAAGACAGGAAGACAUCUAACAUGACUGAGCUCAAAAACAGAGAAGGUGACAUGGCGUUUUAUGAGGUCUAUGCUUCCUGUCUUUCUAAAGGACUCAUGAGCAUUCUCCAUAGGUGAUGGUACCUUUUAGGAAUUAAGGACACUGAUUGGGAAAUGAACACAGGGGCCUCAUCCUCCUAUCCAUUCCCUGAAAGUCCCAUUUACUGAGUACCAAUAUAUCAAAAAUAUCAUUUUUGACAGUGUCAUAGACCAUAGGCCUCCACCCUGAGCCUUAGAGUUGCAUAGAAUUCAUGUGAGUUUAUAUCCUAUGAGCAGGGUUAUGGUUUACUGAGAACAAGGGAGAAGAACAGUCUCUUAGAAAUGGCCAGAGAAGCAUGGAACACAAGAGCAUGACACAAGGGUUAAACCAGCCUUAUCAUUACUUAGCCAACUUUCAAAAGCAUCCUGUAAGAUCAGAAGCCAUAGACCAGUUCCCAGCACUCUUUUGGGCCCACACUGAUUCCUCCGGUUUCCUUUUCUUUGCCAUUCUAUUGUCUAUUGUUCCAUUCUAUUGUCAUGGCAAUUUCUGAGGUCUCUGCUGGAGUACUUUAUAAAAAAACGUCUUCUGGAGUCAGUGUGUAUCAUUGUCAUUAAAUGUAUCACUUAAAAGAUGCCUAUUUCCCAAACAGUAUGUAUUCAUUUCCUAGUGAGUCCAUCAGGUCAAAUGCAGGCAGUAUUUUAAAAGUCCUCACUGUUUAAUAGCGACGAGACAUAGCAUUGUUCUUUCUUGAAGCCUUCAAGAAAGAGUUAUUGUUUCCACCUUAGUUUCCUGGUUCGCUUUGGCAAACAGGAGCAUGCAAGUCUGCUGGGCAUGCACUCAGUGGUUUUUGUCUAAGUGGAUUGAGAAUGGCUUCUCUAAAGAGAAAUAUGGAACCUGGAAACCUAUGCUGGAACACCCUAAGCAUAGUUCCUGUCUAAGCAGAGUCCAGUCUCAUCACAGUCCAAGCACAGCAGCUGGGACAUUGGAUUCAACAUCAGCCUACUGCACUAGCCCUAGCACAACUUCUUCUUCAGCAAAUACAGACAACACUCUUUAACAUCCCUUGCUAGCCUAGAGUUCUGCUGUCAGUAUACCCAUUCAUCUAGCAAAGGAGGCAUCAUUCAGCUCCUCCCUUCCUAACUUACUCUAGUGUUUAUAAGUGUAACAAUCCAAGGAGAUUAAAUAAAUUAUAUUUUUUCUUGAUUUAAAAGAAAAAGAAAAUGAAGCCAACUGCUCAUUGCUCGAGUAAACAUGUUCAAGACACUUAUUUUGCUAGGAAAAACAAAUAAACCUGUUUUAUUGGUGGUGUCAAACAGUUUAACUGUGAAAGAAGACCUGAAUGUUAUGGGUCCUAAGUUGAGAGUCAGCCUUAUUAGAUGUUCAGAAACUAAUGUCCAAACUAAACAAUGCUAAGCACAAAGGGACCCCACAAAUCCUGUUGUCUUUUAAAAGCCACUUGGAGUAGACAAGUGUGUCACUAAGCUCAUGCUUUGAUACAAAGUCGUAAAACUUCAUUGAAUAGGAAGGUGAGAUGUGUUGAAGAGAAAUGAGGCUGUCCAUGGCAUUUCCUGAAUGCCUGCUGUGUGCUUUGUCUCCAGUAACUAUGAAUUAAGCAGUUUCCCAACCAGUAUGAGAAGGCUGAAGGUCAGAGAGCUGAUCUGCCUGAGGUCACACAACUACAAUGAAGUAAGAAACCACCCUAAACUCCAGGGUCAGUUUGGUGAUAUACAAACCACACCAAGAGUUAGGAAUGCAGCAGCUACCUUGCCACCAUGCCAUUACCAAAAGUAUCAGUUCUUGAAUCAUCAUUCAUGGGAGUGUCUUUCAGCCAGGGACAAACAACUCCAUAAUGAUACCAAGAAAUCGGAGGUACCAAGAAUGACCCACACAGACUUGCCCUGAGGUAUGAUUUUUAGCUUUUAGGGUGCAUUCCCUAGCCUUCUAUCCUCUAAUUUCAUUCUGUCCUUUUCCUCAUGUGAACACAUCUGUGAUCACAAAUCCUUAAAUGAUGCAUCAUUUGGAGAGAGGAGGCCUGGCUGUCUUUACAGAACUCUGGAGAUUUAUUGAAGACUAUAGUAUUUGUAAAAGCUAUUAAGGCAAACCAGCUUUUUAAGAGUCCUCCAUUGACAGGAAGACCCAUGGUCAGCAAAGUCCACAGACAUCAGCUAUCUGGGAGGGGACAGUCACUCUAGAGGCAUCCAGAACAAUAUGCGAAGGACCACACUGUGGGGGCUGUACCACGGCUCAGACUACUUUAGUAGAGUGGGCUAUGGUCUAGUGACUAACUCUGGGAAAGCUAAGUCAGAGGGAUUCAGAGGUAGGUCCCUUCUGGCCAAAGGGAGGAGUGGCCCCUUUUUGCCAAAAUUAAGGAAUGUACUACACGUGUUAGAGGCAGCCCAUACUUCCUCCAAUGACCAGACUUUAACCAAAUCACAGAGUACUUCCUGGACUCACACAGCCACUUUUAACUCAGUGUCAAAGAUAGGGAGACUUCCUGAUGAUACAGAAAUAUAGAGGCCUCUUUCUUUCCUUGGCUGUAAACAUGUGUAGAUCUGCUCAUUUAUACAGGUCACUUGGAGGAAGCCAAUGGAUUGUACUACCAACCACAGUCCAUAGUGUUCUCUGCAUCCUACACAGGCCUAGCUAAUCCUGUAUCCAAAGCACCUCUUGUGCUAAAAUAGCCUCCUUUCAUUCAGCCCCAAGGUUCACCAUCAAAUGGGGUAGUGUGACUUUCUCAUAUUUGGACUCUGGGGGGCUUCAUGAAGAAGGCCGAAGACCAACAGACAGGGCACGUGGCUUCUGUAAGCUUCUGGCCUACUGCUGUCUGUGCCCAGUGCCAAAUGUUUGCUCUUCCUCUUGGUCACAGAAAGGGUGCCUCUCCAGUGGCUCACACCCCAUACUCCUGAUGCUGCAAGUCUCAAGAGUCACGUCUUCCACAGGUCUCCUGUUUCUCCUCAUGUCCCAGUCAUGGGCCUGGUCACUUCUUUUAACCAGCUUCCUCUUUUCCAGCCUCUUGCCCCAAGGUGAGGCUCAGGAGGUGGGGCACCAUUCUCAGACAUCCUUCUAGAUUCUUGACAUCAUUUUUCCUUCUAGUACCUGAGACUCUGAGAGGCACUGUCUCCUUGGCCAUGGCCAUCCAUUUACCAAAAUGGAGGUCUCUGGACCCUCACCCCCAACCUCCCUGCUUCCUUCUAUUGUUUUCUUUCUGUCCAGUAGGUGGUGUCACUCUCUCCCAACAGCCUGGAACAGGGACUGAAGUGCCAUGCAAUGUGGCCCAGAGGUUAAAUCAUUCUGUUUUCUAAGUACCAUGGGGAAAACUCAGUGAUGUGGGGACUCCCUCAGGAUCCUCCACCCUUCAGCCCAGUUUUCUAGUUAUUUUCUCGCUGAAAUUGUUAUCGGUUUUGAAGAAGCAGGCACCACGUGCUGGCAAAUUGUGCAAAGCACCAUGCUUCUUUCGUUCCUGGCAUUGGAAGGGACAAAGGCAGCAGCGCCCUGUCUCUGUUAAGACCACCAUCUGUUUUUCUGAGUUGAUUUCGAUUGGUGCAUUCUCACUUAUCAGGGACCUCUGAUUCUAGAACAAAAUCAGCUACUUAUUCUAGUUACUGUAAGCAGACAUAUAACUUUUACUGUAAUUUGAAAACCCUUGCACUGUAAUGGUAUUAAAAAAAUCAAAUCCUAUUGAAACUGAUUUUGUAUUUUUGGUUACAUCUGGAUGUUCACAUUUUUGUAUCUAACCAUAACCAUGGCAGAGCUUCCAUAGCUUGUGUUGAAGGCCUUGCUUGCUUUCCAGGUUGAAGUCUUAGGAUUGUGUUGACACCAAAAGUUUAAGGGGGCAGAAUGGGGGCCUGGCUAGUGGCACUUACCAUGGAGGCACCUCUGCUCUGGUGCCAGGGAGACCUUGCCUAAAGGAGCAAGCUACAUCCCAUCCCAUUGCGUGAGUUCCCACAGCAGCUCGCAUCUCCAACAAAUCCAAGGCCAAUGAUUUGGGCGCAACCUUUGCCAGGGACUCUCGACUGAGCCGCCCCAACCCCUGCAUCACUCAGCUUCCUGGGCAAGGAAGGACAUUUUUAAAAAUACGAAACUUUUGGAAUUGAUUUGUGAUUUUUUUUUUCCUUACCGCUGGAAACGUGCUGCGCAAAAGACAGCAUGAUGUUAUCGCCACCCCCCCCUGCUUUUCCAAACCGAUACACCUGUUGUGCUCUUUUGUUUCUUAGUGAAGAACAUUCUAGACAGAGACCUAAAUACGAACUCUUUGCCUCCUGUAUUUCGGCUUAACAGUUCUCUCUGUGUAUUCCUAACUGUUGACGCGUUUUCCUUCUUAGCAUUGCUUCUCAUUUUACUUUAUUUUUUAUUGAACAGCAACAAACCCACAAAGGAACAAAUUCUCUCUCUCUCUCUCUCUCUCUCUCUCUCUCUCUCUGAUGUGUAAUGUUGUGUUGUCCAGAUUCUGUAUAAAAAUAUGUAUAUGAUGUAUCUGAUAUCUGGCAGCCACUGGCUGUUACUUUAACCAAUAUAAUUAACAAAAAUGCAUAAUGUUGGUGUUUGAUUUUUUUUUACAAAAAAAAAACAACCUAGUUAAGAUGUUGUGUAUUUUUGCAUGGUUAAAAAUGUACUUAGUGCAUUAAGAAGUGUUGUGGAGGUGCACAGUGAACAGGCCAGUUUACUUUUUAAUCCUAAUGGUGACUGGUUGUCAACCAGACUUAGUCCCAACGAUGUCUGUCUGCUUUCCUUUAGCAUAACUCUAUUUAUAACUUGUGUUUAGUACUCAAGGUUCAACAUAGCAUAUCUAUCUAUCUCUAUUGUAUUUACUGUUCCUUAAAACCAGGUUGUGGAAGUUCACCCAUCAGGCACAGGUGUCUCCAUUGCUGAUUUCUGUUGAAUUGUGCCCCACCGUACAGUCCAGCUCUAAAGCACCAGGCCCCGGAGACUAGGGCGGGCAUUUCUCCUCCCUGAGAUCUCUCUCUCUGAGCAGUACUGUGGUUUCUUUCCAUGUCAUGGAACAUCCUUUUUUCAAUCCUAGUUAUAUAAAGGAGAAGAAAGGACAGAAAGGUAAGUGGGAGUCUAAGAAUUAUUUAUAUUUUAUACAUGAGAGUAUAUAUAAUAUAUUGUAGAUAGAAAGACAGGCAGCCAGUAAAUAUUGAGUUAGGCAGACAGGCAAUGGGAGAUGUUGAAGGAUUCAGAAAGAGAUGCAAGGUUUACCUGACUGCAAUAGCACCAGAUUCACAUGAAAGACUGCAGAAAAUUCAGUGGCCCCAGUUUCUUCCUAUACGACAUCAGGAAGGAUGGUGACAGAUAGGGAGACAGUUGCCUUUUCCUGGGUCUUCAGUGCACUUAAAGCAAAAAUUAGUCCUGAACUACCUGUGAGACUGAAUUGCUGUUUGGAGACAGAACAUGAGACACCCCCGCCCUCUCAGACAGCCAGACUUGCUCAGGGGGAAGACAUACAUAUAUUAAAGGGAUUAUUAUAUGUCAAGGUUUCCACAGGAAAUCUCUUGGGUGAGAUGGUUCCCACAUGGAUACGAUGGAGGGGAAUAGUUGGGCAUUAUCUUUGGUCAAGGGAGUUGAGUCCUUGCUCUAAAAUCCUGUCCUCUCUUUGCCGGAUCUGCAUCGGUGGGCUGGUGUAUUCCCUGGGUAUGCAAUCAGUUUGCUAUCCUAUCUUUCCCCAUCCAAGACUCUGCUAGACAACCCCUCCCCUUGCUGGGAUCCAACAUGUGCAGUUGGUAUUCCCAGCUUUGUGGUAGUUAGUCCAGGAUCUGUGUUUCUCAAACACUUACUUGUCUUGGGGCAGAACGCUUCACCUCUCUGCAAACAGGCUGAAAUCACAGUUAAGUUUUCAAAGUCCUGGAGCUUAUUGGCUUUGCAGGAAACCAAUGGCCACCUGAAUCACAAGAAGUUCUUGGCUAGCUCUGUCUUUCCCCUCUUCAGCGAUAAGGACUCAGAACACCCUUCACGGGCAUUUUCUUCCUUGUAGGCACAUACGUCCUCAGUGGUGUGCGUGUGUGUCUGUCACAUCUCUGUCAGCUGCCGAUGGGCAUUUUUCGGAAUGCACUGAGUGCAUUUCCUCCUUUUCCUCAAAGUCAAGACUGGCUGCACAGGGACCACAGACACAUGGCAGCAUCGUUCCUCUCUUGUAGGCUCUCUGUGGCCAGGAUUCAAGCCAAGCAGUACCAGUGUGCCAAUGUUGGUCUCCAGUCUCCAGGAGCAACCUCACUCUCUCUGGCUACAAGGCCGUAGAAUUAAGACCAUACUCUUGUCUGUUCCAGCUGACAGCAUCUCUGGGACCUCAGACUCUGAAUGCCAGAGCCCUGAGGACCCAGUGUCCUCCUUCCACAGAUGAGGCAAGCCAUUCCUUGAGAGAAGAAAUAAUGAGUAAGGGAACUCAGAAGAACCAGUUGAGCCACUUUGUUCCUCUCUGACACAGAGCUGCUAACUCACAGUGCUCCUUUAAAUUUAUGAAGUUAGUGUGGUGUGUCCCCAACCACCAUGCUUGACAUUCCUAACUAUCUUCCAUGGCCAUGGUUGAUGGGAAUGCACCAUUCACGGUCCACUUUCCCAGGCCUGCAUGAGCCAAGUGAGGAAGGUUAGGGUGUGGGAUACCAAUGAGCCAAUCUCCUACUCACCUGCGUUUUAUAGAGGCACCGGAUAGUAAUGAGAAUAAGUGAACUCUCCACCCUUGUCCAGCCCUUCCUGCUCUCCUGCUGGGACGGGCUCUGGGUUUUCCUUAAUAAUCACAAUAGUUUAACUACUAACUAACUAACUCCCCACCCUCAAGCCACCUCCCCAAACUUGCUGACUCCCUCAAGGUUGUUUUCAUUCUAGAGGCUUCCAUUCAUUCCAGAAAGAUCAUUCUAUUGCUUUUUUAAAAACUAGUCUGUCUCAGGAAACCAUGACCUUUGAACCAAGUAAGUCCUCAUGUUUACUUUAAAUUCUCUGUUUCUUCGUUGUACAUCUCUGUAAAAUUUAAUCUCCAUGGAGUCACCAGAAGCCACUGAGUAUUUCCUCAUGCAAAAUGGCAGUUUCAAGGAAUUCUAUGAGUGUCAUUUUCUCAACGGUACGAGACAGGGUUUCUCUGUAUUGUUUUGGAGGCUGUCGGUCCAGCCUGGCCUCGAACUCACAGAGAUCCGCCUGCCUCUGCCUCCCCAGUGCUGGGAUUAAAGGCGCGCACCACCACCGCCUGGCUGGUACCAUUCUUUAUGUGGCCAUUUUUGGUCUGGAGGACCCCUGAGAUUUGUCCCCAAAGCAUACAAAGAUCUGAUCCAGAAUGUGCUUUUGUUUGAAUUUUUAGAACAGAGUCCACAGUCUGCUGCUGAGGCCCUUUGGUUUUUCCUGUAUCAUCAUGGAUAAGGACCACAAGGCCUGCCUACUUGGCCCCAGCCUCCAGGACUUAAAAGUCAUUUUUUUCUUACUACAUGGAGAAAUGUUUUUGAUUCCAGUUAGACUGGGGACUGCUUCUUGAGAGAGAUCAGAUUUCCGAGUUGGAGAUUUUUAAAUGGCGCUAACCCUUUAAUGAACUGCUAUCCCAGCCUACUCCCAAGGGGCCACUUCCUGUCCCCAACCAAUAAUCUGAAGAGAAGCCUGUGCCCUAGCCAGAGGCCCAGAAAGGACCCUGGACAUCCUUAGUGGUACGUUCUCUUGAGAAGAGAUGUACCCAACCACCUGCAAGGUGUGUGACAGAUGUUAAGGUUCACGGCUCUUCCUUAAAUUCUAUGGCUGUGGACUACCCUCCUGUGGCUCUCUGGGAGAAGGUGAACCUAUAUGGCCAGUAAGCCACAGAUCCAACUUGGUUCAUCAAGAAAAGGAGCUGUCACCACUCCAAAUUAGGACCAUAUGCCCUAAAAAUAAUGGGCUUGGCACUGGUAAUAGCAUUUAUCAUUAUUUUCUCUUUUAAACAUAACAUAAUAGAAAUUGCAGACAGACAUUCUUUCACAAUCUCACUAUCUUAAAAAUGAUUCUUCCCUGUGCACCUUCUGAUGUGUUGUAAGCUUUUGUCAUCCUUGUACAUGUGCAUUCUGUGCAUUCAUUAAAAAACCUUCCGUUUUUUUCGGUUAGUUUUUUUUCUGAACUUUUAGAACAGCUCCUCUUUUUCCCAUAGUCUUAAACUCUUCCAAGAAUAGGUGGGGCUGGUGAGCACACUACUUAGCCAGCAGCUGAUGCCUCACACUAGCUGCUGCUCACAAUAGCACUCCAGCCCAGGGCUGCUGCUCCCCUGAGCUCUGUGGGCUCCUCAGAAGGAUGCCUGCAAGCCUAGCAAAGCAACAAGGUGCCUGCCGUGAGUACCAUGUCCUAGGGCUCAUUGGCAGGAGUUCUGAAGAGUGUUGCCUGCUUCUCAACAUUGUGAGAGUAAAGCCAGAGAACGGGCAUAGACUAAAGAGUAUAAAAGUGACUGCAAUGUCCCAGUGGCUGUAGAAAUAUGGCUGGACUCUAGUUCUACAGAGCCCAUUCUGUCAGGGAAAGGAAGGAGCAAGCUAGAUCACUUCUUGGAGGUUUGUUUUGUACUGUGUAUUACUUAGAGGAUAGGUUUGAUCAUGCACUAAAGUAGGAUUAGACAAGGGUAUCAUCCACCAGUCCUCUUUAGCAGUGACCACUUAACUUGCCACCAAUCUUGUUUUGUUCGUAUCCCCAGAGCAUGCAUGUCAUUUGUUUUUGUCACUGGCUUAUUGUUAUAAUUCUUACAGUCUUGUUACCUAUUUUUCUUAGGGUUCAAAUAAGACAGCUUCCACCACAGGGACUAGAUGGGGAUCUAGCCCCAUACGGCUGGUCAUUACAGUGUUUCCUCUUGCUAAUGUCUUGUCCCACCAAGGUCCCUUAAAGGGAUCCUGAUAAUUUGAGUCUAGCAUCUCCAAGCUGCUAUACCUGCAGACCCCAGGCAUCUAUCUCCUAAAGAGCUUUUGCUGACCUUUUGCUUGAUGAUGGGAGGGAUUGAUCUAUCUGCUUUACCCAGGUCAUACUGGGCUCCUUCCUAUUCGGGGAUAUGUAGCUGUACCCUUUGGCAGAAACUGUCCCAGAUCCACUUCUUCCAUUCCAGAGCCUCAGCAGUCAGACCACUCAGCCUCUUGCCAGAAGUUAUCCCAGAAGAAUAGGUAGCUGUGUUAGGUUCCCCUAGCAUUUUCAGGUAACUGUUCAUCUCCUUUGUCCAGAACAUGGAGGAAGAGAAUAGUUCUGCUCUCCUUUAUCUUUUGCAUGUCUCCUUCUGAACAGAUUCAAGUCACAGAGCUUUUUUCUACUCCCCAGAGGCCAAGUGGGACCUCAUAGUUCCAUAGGCCUUACAGCUAUCCUUCCACCUGCUCAGGGGAGGGUGCCCACUCUGGACCCCUGAAAUUCUUGCUCUCUCUCCAGCUGAGUGUAGGUUUCAUGGUGCAUUCAAGCAUCUGGCCUGGUUUUCCAUGCUGCAUGGUGUUCAAGGCCGAUGAGACGUACCAGCAAGAUGAGAGCUGGGGUCUUGACCUAACUUCUGCAUGAACCUUGGUGCUUCCACCUGCCACUCAUCAGUCACGACCACGGGAAACCACAGGAGAGUAGAAACUGAUUAAGUUGCCCCAAGUCUUGGAUGAGCCUUCUUUCCAUGGAGCCUCCCAAAGGGCAAGCCCUCUGCUAUUGCGUACUGUAAAUCCGCGCUCCAGGAGCCAGGCCUGCUGACUUGGGGAAAGUAGUUGAGGAGAAAGGGCCCCCUUCUCACCUUUUGUUUACCUUUGAUCUGGCUGAACUUAGCUGUCCUUAACUUCUAGUUUGCUAAAGUCCUUAUUGCCUUAAUGACCACCUACUAAACAGUCAGAACCAGGCGAGAAGUCCCUCCCAUGGCAUACUUUGGAAGCCUGCCUGUCUCCCCGAUGCUGCUGUGCCUCAAAGGUGACCACACUCCCUCUCCAAAGCCCAGGGCCCACCUCUCACUGACAGAGCAGUGUUCCCAGGCUGAGGACAAACCCUUGACUGCUCAGGCUGAGAGAUCCCCAAUGCCCGUGGUGGCUACCACCAACCCUACUCCAUCCUUUGGUCUCCACUGCUUGAGAACUGGACUCCUCCCUGCCCUCCACCUCCACCUCUCGCCCAGAGACCCUUCACCCCAUCAUGCUCAGUGCUGUUCCUGAAGCCCAUCUAGACUUUUCUGUUUUCCUGAAACAUUCUACUCACCUUCAGCUACAGCAUAUCCCUUCAGCCUCUCCACCAAGCUCUUUAAGUGAAAGGCAGCGGCUGUCUUCCCUUGGACAAUAAUGAAUGUAUCUACUGUAAGUGCAGACUGUGUCGAGAAGUGGCUGGGUUCAGAAAAAUAAAGAGGAUUUUUGUAAAGCCUGUUUAUUUUUUUAAGUCAGUUUUGAGCAUUUCUAUUUUAUCACCCUUCACGUGGUUUUGGGGAACCCAAAUUGUAUCAAGGUCUCAUGCCAAAACAAGCCAACAGUUGUUUUCUUUACCUUUUUCCUCCAUGCACCAUGAUUUCAAAGAUUGUUUUGGUGUCAUUUUAAAUGUUUUCUUGUGACAUGUACUGACGAUAAAAGUCAUCUUGACAAAAAGAUUUAUACAUGAAUCAGAAAGUAUUUAUUUCAAUUUUGUACCUUUCCAUUUUAAUACAUUAUAAUGUAUUGACUCAACUGAGAUAAUAUAAACAGUUCAUUUUAA